AUCAAUGACGUCCGGGGGUUUUCGAAGGACAAUGGAGGAAUUUUGCAUUCUCUUUAAUAAAAACAAACAAAGAUGACUGGUUUUAUGAAUGAAGUCAGGAUUUACUUAUCUGAGAGAUUUAAUUAUUUCAGAUUAAGGACCAAACGUCUACGCAGACGCACUAUGAAAAAUGAGACAUAUGUAAAUAGAGAUUCUGAUCAGAUUUGGGUAUAAAUAAGACUUCUGCGUGUAGGUUGGAUACAGACAACAAAUACCUGCAACAAGAAAAGUGUUAAGAUGUUCAUUGGUCUCCUACUCACACUCCUCGCACCUGCCGUCCUGGGGCACGGUUACCUCCAGGAACCCCCCUCCCGCUCCAGUAUGUGGAGGUUUGGCUUCAAUACACCCCACAAUUACAACGACAAUCAACUUUUUUGUGGAGGAAAAAAUAGACAGUGGGGCAAAAAUGGCGGAAAAUGUGGAAUUUGUGGCGAUCCUUGGGAUGGUGUUCGUGAAAACGAGGCUGGUGGUCGCUAUGCAAAAGGAAUCAUAAGUCGAAGAUACAAAGAGGGAGAGAUCAUUGAGGCACAAGUGAAAAUCACUGCAUCCCAUUUAGGAUACUUCGAAUUUCGUUUAUGUCCGAACAAUGAUAUUCACAAGCCCGCUACACAGGCUUGCCUAGAUCAAUACGUCCUUCACCAGCCUAAUGGGAGUGUUCGAUUUAUGGAACAGGGACGCACCCAGGUCUACUCAAUAAAGCUCAAACUCCCAAGAGGCUUGACUUGCUCACAGUGUGUUCUGCAAUGGAAAUAUAACGCUGGUAACAGUUAUGGAAGGUCCCCAUAUGGAGGGAUGUGUAAGGGGUGUGGCCCUCAGGAACAGUUUUAUGGGUGCGCUGAUAUUGCCAUCGAUAAAGUCCCGUAUGGAUCCCAGCAGAAAGAAAUUCCCCGCCCGUUUAUACAGCAGCACGUUGAAGCGCGUCCUCAACUGAUCCCAACAUUUAUCAACGGCAUUGCAGUAACGUGUCGUGCAACCCCAGACUUCAGAAUCAUAAAUAACUACGCUGAUAAUUGGUGCAAGUCUAACUGCCGACGUGGAUAUUGUCCAUCUUUGUAUUGCACAGCGGCCUGCCAAAAAUUAAAGGUUCAGGGUUAGUGCCAUGCAUAUUCCUCUUUUUGAAUGCAUUUGUGUGUUUCAAAAACACUGCCAUGCUUUUGAUAGACAUCAAGAACUUGAGAAUUUCAUCUUUGUGUUUCAGCUGCAUCUAAUGCUUGCAAUUGGCCUUCUUUUGAACUUUCCCUGCAUUAUAUAUUAAUUUAUAUUUUGUUGACAU